AGUCAGUUUUGUUGUUGCUAGACUUCAAAAUUAUUUUUAUUAGUUAGCAGAAUUUUAUUUAUUUAGAAGAAGAAUGUCGGAUUUAGAAUGCUAUCGAUUGCCUUGUCCUGCCCAGAUGGUAACAAACGUUUGUGUAUGUUCAAAAAAUUAUGUUGCCGUUCCAUUGAACGAAAGAGGCCAUAUUGCUUUGUGGCUCAUUAAUUUCCCUUUUAAUCAGCCUGUUAUACUUAUUGGGCAUCACAACACUGUAACUUCUCUUGCAUUUUCUCAUGAUCCUUUCAGUUUCUACCUUUGUUCAUGUUCUUCUGAUUAUAUCAUCUUGUGGGAUUUGCUGCAGAAUGAAGGUAAAUAA